AUGGCCGAGAGCACUGCGCGCGACGCCGAGGCGGCGCACCGCCAUGUGAUGCUCACCGAGCUGUUUGGGAUGCAUCCCCGGGCGAUCGUCGAUGCACUCGUCGUGCACGCAAACGAGCACCUGUACCUCCUCGGCGCGAAACUCGAGGAGCAGGUGCGCGCCCUCCUCCCGGCCGACCAGGCCGAGCGCGACGCGGAGCAGGGCGUGCACGCGAUCACGACGCUGCUGGAGAAUGUGAUCGACUAUAUUAUGGAUGCAUUCGAGCUGUUUUGCAUGGACUCGGUGUUUGUUAUAACCCCGGCACAGUCGCGGCGCAUGACCCUCAGCCACCACCGGGGGCUCGACCUGCGGGGCGAGACACAGGAACGGAUUCCCGACGCGGAGCACGCUCUGCGGCGCAGGAUCGCGAGCGCCCGCGCGACACAGCACCGCCUCGCACAGGCCGAGCAAGCGGCGCACGUCCGCCUGCAGCGCGCCGAGGCCGUGCGCUCUGCCUAUGCGUUUUUCGGCGUGGAGGCCAAACGGGCGCUCGGGGACGCGUCGCCGGUCGACGCGGCACACAAGGUGACGCUCGCCGUGCCCAAGGUCCUCGCGGCACUCGAGCGCCUGCGCGCAGAGCGCCCACUAGCCCACGCCCUCCUCCCUGCGCCCGACGCAGAGCACCCGGUGGACCAACGCGCGUGGGAAAAAGGGCGCGACGAGUACCUCAACUGGGAGGCACACCGGAUUAUUGCGAGCAUGCGUGCCCAUUCCAGCUAG